CUUUAUCUAUCAUUCCGGUUCCGCCUUCCGUUAGUGAUAUUAAGUUUUAUCGAACAUUUAGCAACAUGAACGUCCUAAGAUUUGUGGUUUGCUUUGCUGCCGUUAGUGUUCAGAUGGGCCUUGUUGCUGCCCGCGACGAAGAGGGAGAAAUAGCUGAGAUUGGGUACGUGACAUACGAAAGACAUGAAUAUGAAGAUAAAAUAGACGGUGGGGUGCAACUCGCGGAUGUCUUUCGCGUUGUUGACUACGAGGGAUCCGAUUUGUUGGAAAGAUAUGUCCUUGUGUCUAUCUUUAUGUACGACAACAGGGAUAAAGUCUGGAUUGAAGCCUCUGCUGAGAAGGAGGUAAUGGAAGGAGGUAUCUCUGUAAGGAAACCACUGCUAGGGUACGACCUUCUCAAAUCUAGUGGCUGUGAAGAGAAGGAGCUCAAAGAACAGCCCUUCACCAAAGAAAGAUGGGGCUUUAAAGAAAAAGAAGAGGUCAUACCAACAUGCUACCUGCUCACACUCAGCUAUAAAGACCAGACUGCCUCGCAAAUGUAUCCUGAUAACUGUGUGGAAGAUAGGACUGCUAAAGACAAGGACCUGGAGUAAGCUGAGGAAGAAGACGAUUCCCACGGAUCCAACAAACGGAACACCUACAGCACCUCCAUCACCAAGCUCAGCAAGAAGAAGAUAGGAAACAUGCGGAAGUUUGUCUGCAAAGCAGCCCACACUUCCAUGGGAGCAUCAAUGUCUCUUAACAGUGCCUUCUUAGAAGCAACAGCUAAGAUCUACUACAAACCAAACAACAACGCUGAUUGGGGGGACCAUCUGUUGGACUUGAGUUGGGACCAGUAUUCGGGUGGGGAGGACAGCUACGUGAGCUUGGUGUCUCAACAUCAUCUGAACCAACAGGGUGUCAAGUGGGGGAAGUGUUUUAAGUGCGAGGUGACAGUGGGUGGUGCUGUGGUGAGAAAGUGUAAGGGAGGGUGCUCUUGUGAUUAGUGGCACAAACAACGUACUAUGAGGUUGAUGUGGAGAUUUGAGGAAUAAGGAAUUUUAGUUGGAACCGGAUUAAAAACUUGUUUAUGGACCGUUAUUGUACUUCUAGAUUAGAAUAUUAGUUAGAUUAGAAUACAUAUUAUGCACCCCACAUGGUGGUUGAAGAUAUGUGUGGAAUUUCAAAUCAGGACGAUGUUUACUGCUAAUGUUAUGACUUCUUAAUGCUUUUCAAACAAAGUUACAACGAAUUCUUCAUGUAGUGCAUCCUGGGCCUGGGUUUGGACAGAAUAUGCCCGUUUAAAAUAUUUCCAUCACGUUACAUUACAUUAUUCUGAAACAUAUAUUAUAUUUGCAAUAGAUUAUGCAAUAUCACAAGUAACAACAAUAUAUGAUUUUUACGUGUCGAACAAACUUUGGUAAUAAUUUUUACUUUUUGAUUAUGUAAUUUCCUUAAAGUAAUUGAUUUUGAUCAUA